AUGGACAGCCUCCUCCUCCUCCACCGCGGCCAGAAUUCCAUGAUCAUCUCGCACCACCACCGCCGCCGCCAGUACUACCGCCUCCUAAUCAACCAGCUCCACAUCCUCUUCCUCCUCCUCCUCCUCCUCAUAGAGCUCCCGGCGGACCUCCGCCACCGCAUUUGCCGUGAACCUUUCCUUUCAAGCUUCAACGUAGCAUCAUCAGACACCUUCGAGCUUUUGGCUGGAUUAUAUCUACGUAUAUGA